CAAACACAAAAGGCCUUGAGAAGACGUUCAAGAUAGAUAUUUUCCUCCUCUAUUACCUGAGAGACAGCCCUAAGGCCUCCAAAUUCCUUCAGAAGCAACUCUCUUCUAUCGGCUGCACAGCGGAGUUCAAUUUUGAUAAAAUGGAGGCAGUGGUUAGGGGGGAUAUAGAGAAGGAGUUACAGGUGGAUCAGGUCUUCAUCAGCCUUACUAAGAGCUACCUCUGCUCUCAUGUGUCUGAAACAAAACAACUAAAAAUUGUACAGCAGGACUCGUUUAUGACUGAUGAUAUCAAAGUGUACACAGAGAACGGUUAUGCUGUAGUUGUAGGAGAAGUUCAGGCUGUGAAGGAAAGGAUUGCAUUCAUACAAAAGAGCCUGUCAACCUGGAAGGAAUUGCCUAUUGUGGAGAAGCAGUUCAAACUGGUAGAAGAAGAGUUUAGUCAAGAAAUUUGUGCGCAUUGCCCAGAGGUCAAAAUCCACAGAGGUAACGCCAUGAUCAUCUUGGAAGGCCCUGACAAGGAGGUGCAGUCAGGAGCAACAAAACUUGAUGAACUGAGCAAAAAGGUGAAGGAAAAGAGAGUUAAGCUCCCCACAGAUUUAAUAAACUUCAUAACAUUCAGUGGUGCAAUCUCCAAGUACCAAACUCGCUUUGAGCAGAGGCUCAGAAAUCCUGUUUCCCUAGAGGUGGGGUCAGACCUGGUCCUGUCCAGUUUGUCCUCUGAUGCUCUGGAUGAGGCUGAGGCAGCAGUGCAGAGAGACCUGAGUGUGGCCACUGUGCAGCUGCAGGGAGCUGCAGCUGUACCUCCAGAUCUAGACAGAGUGAAAGAAAUCAUGAUCAGAGCCAAGAACGAGGAAAACAGUGGGGAGCUCAGAGUGGACGUAAGCUUCAUACCAGGACCCAGUGGAACCACAGUCACCAAAGUACGACUUGUGGGUUACAGUCAAAUUGUGAACAAGCUGAAAGAGGUUCUGCACGACUACCAGAUGAACCAAGUUGGGACACAAGAAGUACUGAACCUACCACAUCCUGAGCUGGUUGACUGUUUUGAUAAAUUCUUAGCACUGAUUGGCAUGAAGCAGAACAAGGUGACCUUAAAAGCCUCACAUUCCCCAUAUCCUUGUGUGCUUGUGUCUGGCCCCCGUUGUCUGGUCCAGGAGGCCCAGCAGGCCCUAAUCUCAGCUCUAGCCAGUCUGACAUCAGACACUUUGGUUCUAGACGGACCGGGGUCUCAGCGUUACUUCCAAACAGAGGGCAAAGAAAGCAAGGAGCUGGUAGAGAGCUCCUGUCAGAUCCUGAUCAGGGAACAGAAAACACGAAGUAUCAGAAGCCCGAGAAGCCUCACACCCAGACCGUCCAUCACCAGACGUCGCAGCAGCACUGUUGGAAGCGUUGUGGUCAACAAGACAAGCCUGGAGAUCAAGCUGGGCAGUUUAGAGGAAGAGCAGGUGAAUGUGUUGGUGGUCCCCAUGCUAAACAGGCAGCUGACUUCUACGAAAAUUGGUAAAUGUCUGUUGAAAAGAGCAGGGAACGUGAUCCAGUCCAAGUUUGACUCUGUGGCAGCGAAUUGUUCUCUUGCCCCUGGUGAUGUUCUGCAGAUUGAUGGGCCUCCAUCUCUGGGCUGCUCCAAGCUCUUCUUCAUUGAAUGCUCACCGUGGGAUGGAGUCAGAGGGCAGAGUGUUCAGGCACUUGCCAAUGGGCUGAAGAAGUGUUUGGACCUCUGUGUACAGCAGCGCUUUAGCUCAGUGGCAUUUCCAGUUAUUGGACCUGGAAUUGUUUUAAAAUUCCCGCUGAGUGAAGCCAUUCAAGUGCUGACUGAGAACAUUCGCCAGUUUGGAUUAUCUGCAUCCUCUGGGUCCCUCUCCACCAUGCAGAUCGUCAUUAAACCAGACUAUCCAGACUCUGCGCAGUGCUACCAUGAUGUUCACAGACACCUCAGCUCAAAUAUGUACCAGGGAGGCCAAGGGAUCUUCAGGUCCCUCACCAGUGACCUUGAUGACAUCACAAUGACAGUAGGAGGCGGGGUUAAACUACAGCUGGUGUUUGGUGACAUCACUAAUGAGACUACAGAUGUUGUGGUGAACACGACCGACUUCACAAAUUUUCACAACGGUGGGUGAGAGCUGCUGUAGCUGAGGAUGUUGUUAGGGUGACCAUUCGUCCUCUUUGUGUCCAUGUCCUCUAUUUGGGACCUAAAAAUGCGUCAAGGACCCCUAAACUGACACAAAUUAGACCACGGACCCCCAUCUGAUAAGAUUUUGUCUCAGGGUUUUCCCAUCUGAUAAGAUUUUUGCUUUAAGAUGUUGUA